AUGUUUCGAGCACCGCUGCGACUCCUAGCUUUCGGCAACCACGCGCUGGUGUGGCUAUCGUCACUGAUUGUCAUGGGGAUUUUGUCGUACUUUUUGAAGAGCUACAAAAGCGCCCACUCUACACAUAUAAUUUAUGAAGAAACUAUUGCCACAAUCACCUUUGCUGUCUGGACACUUGGAAUGAUCUUGCCACUGAUUGACAGAUAUGGCGGGCAUCUGUGGCCCGUUAACUUGGUCCUUUCAUAUCUCUGGCUUACCUCAUUCAUCUUCUCCGUGCAGGACUGGGCUCGUGGACGUUGCACCAGUUACAGCGACGGCUUUGGCAAGUGCGGCUUGAAGAAGACUGUUGUCGCUUUCAACUUCUUUGCAUUUUUCUUCCUGUUCUCCAAUGUCAUCGUUGAGAGCAUCCUCUUCCACAAACAUCGAAACGAGAGAGUUCUUGUCGCAUCCGCGAAUGGUAGGAAGACAAAUGGCGUGGUUGAUCCUGGCCCAGCUGCGGUUUAA